AUGGUGUACAGGGAGGUAAAUGAAGGGAAGAUUUCAGGUCUUACAAUUGAAAGGACCAGCCUUUUGCUAUCUUAUCUUUUCUUCGCUGACGAUGCUUUUGUCUUUCUCAGAGCCAAUGCACAAAGGGAUUUUCUGGAAGCCAGAAGAGGUGCUACUCCGUCCUGGAUAUGGAGUAGUUUAUUAGUGGGUAGAGAGUUGUUGGAGAAGGGCCUAGGUGGCAAAUUCGGAAGUGGGAUAAAGGUUAAGUUUUGGAAUGACAAAUGGGUUCCCACUACUAAAUGUGCUGGGGAGGAUGUGAAAGUCUGGAAUCCUAAUCCAAAAGGAGUCUUCAGUCUUCACAAUGAAGUCUGGAUAUUCGGUGGCAAGCGAAUGCAAGGUGGAAAGUGUGGAACACCUAUUGUUUUCUUGCGAAUGGACAUACAGGGUCUGGCUUGGCAGGAUAAGAGAGGCCAAGUGAUUGGAGGUACUGCUUAUCAUAUAUCGGCUGUGUCUAGUAUAUACUCCGAAGCGGAUGCCUGGAAAGAAGCCUGUAUAUUGGCUCGGCAGUUUCAAAACCAAAAAGUGGUUAUCAAGGACGACUGCAAAGUUCUCAUCUAUGUGUUUGGGGAAGAUGUCUUUCCAUAG